AUGGUGUUGAAGCGAAGUUUAUUAUUCUCAUGUCAUUUGCUACUGUGGGUAUUGGGUGCGCUUGCGCUUUGGGCGGGCGGUGCGAGCGCACUAUCACGCUACGAAUCGGCUACGCCGCACGCCCCGCCUUAUUUUAAACACAAGUACAUACCCUUACAUCCCGAUAGUUUCGAAGAAGUGGAUGAUUCUCCCGAUGGAACUGAGGUCCCCACCAGCUCGCGCAUGCCGCCCUCAGAGUUGAUACUAACGGGACUGCGAACAUUGCUCGACGUCGUCAGAAAUAUCAAUAAGAAACGAGCUAGUGCACGCAUCGCUGCUCCAUUGAACGCAACCACUGUAAAAUUACGGAAAGCUUCUUCACGGAACGAUACUGCUGGGAAUAGCCGAGGUUUCGAAGAUUACUAUGAUGAGCAUCACGACCAUGAAACUACUACCACCACCACGGAGAAACCCAUGAAACAGGGUCGGUACACUGAUCCCUGGGCUGGAUACUACGACUGGAUUAUUAACGAGGGUUCAUUCAAAUUCUGGAGUGCCUUCCAGUUGUUUACUGCUGCUCUACUCUUGUACGCGUGCUUCUCUGCCAUCUAUUAUGCUAAAUUCAACCCUAUCUUGCCGGACUACAGUAUGGAAUAUGAUGAUUACUUCUUGGAACGAACGGUCGGCAGAAAGACGAGAAGUCUCGACUCCGAGGAACUGCCUUCGGGAUUCAGUUGGAUAAACCCGAGGAUGUUCCUGUUUAUACUCGAAGCAAUAACAAAGCACUAUAAAGAAGAAUAG